AUUUUAAAUGUCAAAAUAAAUAAAAAUCAUCCUUCUCCGAUUUUCUGGACAAAUUCUCAUAGGACACGUGUACUUGCUUCUAAUUUGUGUUUAAUUUCAUCACCAACAUAAAUAUUGCGCUCAUCAAGCCGAAAGAGUCACCACCAAAGUGGUUUCGGGUGUUGAGACUUAGUGUUUUGUGGAUGUUAGUGUGUCUGUAGAGCUAUUGUGUUUUUGUAGGAAAACCAACAAAAAUGUCUGAGUUUAAGGACUGGUACAGGAAUGUGCCGUUUUUUACGCGUACUUGGUUAACUUUGACGAUAGUUUUUAGCCUUAUCGGCCGGUUUGGACUUGUUAACCCCUAUUACUUGUUGCUCGACUUCUACCCCUUCGUGUUUGAGUGCCAGAUAUGGAGGCCGCUAACCGCAGCGUUCUACUACCCCAUCGGUCCAGGCACCGGUUUCCAUUUCCUGAUCAACUGCUACUUCCUGUACACAUACUCGCAGCGGCUGGAGACCGGAAUGUUCCAGGGCAAGCCUGCAGACUACUUGUACAUGCUCCUUUUCAACUGGGUGUGCUGCGUUAUUAUUGGACUGAUGAUUAAUGUGCCGUUGAUCAUGGACCCGCUAGUCCUGUCCGUGCUGUACGUGUGGUGCCAGCUGAACAAGGACGUAGUUGUGUCGUUCUGGUUCGGCACCCGCUUCAAGGCGAUGUAUCUGCCCUGGGUGUUGCUAGCGUUCAACAUGAUCCUUAGCGGAGGUGGUGCAAUGGAGCUGGUGGGCAUUCUCAUCGGUCACCUCUCGUUCUUCCUGCAGUUCAAAUACCCGCAAGAAUUCGGCGGCCCUGCUAUCUUGACUCCACCUGCUUUCUUGAAAAGGAUGUUCCCCGACUCCCGAUUCGUGGGAGGCUUCGGCACCGCGCCCCAAGCGGUGGGCGGCGAGCGCGCGCGACCAGGCGACACCAUGUUCGGCGGACACCACUGGGGUCGCGGGCAAGUCCUCGGCGGCAACUGAACGCAUGGUCACCCUAUUGUACCAUAAAGUUAUACCUAGCGGAAUAGAGCAACGAGAUGUCACUAUAGUCCGGUCGCCGAGCACGUAGAAUUUCGUCCAAUGACCCCAAGCUGUGUGCGACGGGCGGCCGCAAUGAGUGUGCGAGCGCGACAGCAACAUAAUUACGCGCGAGCGAUAAUGAUGGGUAGCUUGCGGUCAUUGGACGAAAUUCUACGUGCUCGGCGACCGGGCUUUAGCAGCAACACUAUGGUAAAAAUGAGGUUCAGUGAUUGAUUUAUUUAAUAACUAGCUAUCCGCCCGCGGCUUCGCCCGCGUGGAAUUUUGUCUGUCACAGAAAAACUUUAUCGCGCGCGUCCCUGUUUCAAAAACCGGGAUAAAAACUAUCCUAUGUUCUUUCCCGGGACUCAAACUAUCUCUAUGCCAAAUUUCAUCAAAAUCGGUUGCGAGGUUUAAGCGGGAAAGCGUAACAGACAGACAGACAGACAGAGUUACUUUCGCAUUUAUAAUAUUAGUUGGGAUUUACAAAACAGUGAAAUAAUCCUGAAAAAUGACACACAAAUGAUCCUAAAAUCGGUUUCGUUUGACAGCUCGUGGUUGUUGCUCUAUUCCGAAGAAUUAACUUUAUGUAUUAUACAGACCACAGCACGUCAAGGUAAACUGUGGCAUCUAUGUAGUGGGAAUAGAUGCUAUUUCACAACAAAAUUGAAUAGUCUGUGCUGUAAACGGUAUUCGAUGUUCGAACGGAGGUUCUAUAUGAAGAUGGUUUUUAUUUAGGAAAGAUUUUGCAUUUUAGUAAUCUUUAAUUUUGUUUUAUAAGGAUGGCAUGGCAUGUUUUUGUAUGCAGUUAUAUUUAAAUUUGCUUCGAAAGGUCAAGAAUAACAAUCAUUUGCUAUGGUUUUUGGGUAUUCAAAAAUGUAAAAAACUAUAAUUUUACUAUCAUGGCUCUAAGCUUUGGUUUUAUUCAAAAGUAUAGAACUACAUACUUUAUAUUCAACCUCCACUUUAGAUGUAAUAAUAAAUUGAUGUUAUAUUUAUGACGAAUGGAUGUCUUAAAAUGUAUGAAGGUGUUUUGAAAUUAGGUGAAAACGAAUGUUUUGGAAAACUGUGGGUAAUUUGUAGUUAUAACUGGCUGUUUUUAAUAAAAGUAAUGAACUCUGUAUAACUUAUAUUUUUCAAUAUUUGACGUCAUAACUAUAAUUACGUAAUUAUCAACUGAGGUUUUUAGUUUAAUUAAUCAACAGUUCUAUAUUUAGCGAUAGUAAUGAAGUAUUUAUUUUUCCGAACAAUAUUUAACUCAAAAUGAUGUUAUAAUAUACCUACAUAAAUAUGUACUUUUAUAUCAGUUUCGGAAUGUCUGACAUAAAACAUCACCCUGUAUAACUAAUAUCACCAGGGACGGCUCAUAGAUUGUAAGCAGAAAUAUUUAACCUGCCAUGGCAUAGCAGGUGAUUGUGAUAGAUAUUAUAAAGCUGACAGACUGCGUGUGCGCAUAUUUUUAGGGCAUCGGACAAGGCAGCUGCUAUAAUCGAGUCGUAAAGUAGUACAGACGUCGACACAUCAAACUAAACCUUAUGGCGUUAGUUGUAAAGUGCUAUUUUCAAAUAACAUAGUUUGAUUCGUUAGGUCAUAGGUGUGCGAGUCUGGUCACUUACUACAAGCAGUGCCUGUUGAAAUCAAUGCUGUAUUAAAGCAUUUACUCAGAAAAAAUACUUUGUAUAACAUAAUAAAUCCAAAAAUAUUAAUAAGGAUUGAAACAUCUAGCAUACACUUUUUGUGAUCAUCUUUGUAGAAAUCAACUGGAAUAACCGAAAUUAGAAUAAAAAGUUAUUGUCUCUAGAGCAAACUUAUUUUUUAACUUUCAUCAGUCUCACUUGUGUACAUAAUGUGGAAGAUAUCUUUGUAUGAAAUUGUUUUAACAAUAAAAAUUGUAUAAUGUA